AUGACACUAUGGGACCAUGAUGACCUCGAGAAAUAUAUAAGAGAAAGACCAAAACCCAACAGUGACUUUGAGAUAGUUGCAUCUGAAUCAAUCGAAGAUAAAUCAUCAGCCCUGAAUGUUCAAGCAUCCCUAAAAGCAAGUUUCUUGGGUGGACUGAUCGAGGUUGAGGGAUCGGCCAAAUAUCUGAAUGAUCAACGGACAUCCAGCAAUCAGGCCAGAGUAACACUGAAGUACAAAACAACAACAAAGUUCCAGGAGUUGUCAAUGAAUCAUCUUGGAAGAGGCAAUGUGAAGCAUCCUCAUGUUUUUGAGAAAGGCAUAGCAACACAUGUAGUCACAGGGAUACUCUACGGGGCUCAAGCCUUCUUUGUGUUUGACCGUGAGGUGUCUCAAAAAGAAAAUCAUCAAGAUAUUCAGGGAAACUUGAAGGUGGUCAUCAAGAAAAUCCCCCUCCUUGCCAUAGAGGGUGAGGGGUCCCUGAAAAUGGAAGACAAGGACAAAGCAAAUGUUGACAGAUUCUCCUGCAAAUUCCACGGAGACUUUUGUCUUCAGAACACUCCGACAUCCUUUCAGGAUGCGAUUGAAGUCUACCGAAGCCUGCCGAAAUUACUGGGAGCCAAUGGAGAAAAUGCUGUUCCAGUGAAGGUCUGGCUCUUGCCCCUGACCAGUUUAGAUUCUGCUGCCGCUAAACUUGUGCGUCAGAUAAGUAUAAGAUUGGUUCAGGAAGCACAGAGUCUCCUGGAGGACUUCAGUGAGCUUGAAAUGAGAUGCAAUGAUUCAAUGAGAAGUGCCACUGCACAGCAGUUCCCUCAGAUCCGCAAAAACCUGAAAAGUUUUAAAGAAAUGUGCUCUGAGUUCAGACUUGAAUUUCAACGAACCUUAGCGAGGAAACUUCCUCGAAUCAGAGGAGGAGGAGAAGAGGAGUCUGAUCUUGCCGCCAUCCUGAAGAAGAGACAUUCGUCUCCAUUCAACAGCAAAAACCUGACUGAGUGGAUGGACUGCAAAGAGAAAGAGAUAAGCAUCUUGAAAUCUUUCACCAAUAUGAUGAAAAACACCAAGGUGAUCUCAUCUCAGAGUGGUUUUCAUGAAGAAGUUUUCAGUGUGGAACAUGCGCUAUGCUUUGUUUUCACCUCACUGGGAGGUGCCGAGCCGUACCUUUCAGCUUUAUCAAACUAUCUGACAGGAGCAGCCAAACCUGAGGAUAUAAAUCCACACACUCAUGACAUCGAGAGGGACCAGUGGUACCUUUCAAACCAAGUGGCUGAUCACAUGAGGACAAAGGCAAAGCUCUUCAGUGACUUUGCUGAUGCCAACAGAGAGAACAAGAAGGUGAAGUUCCUGACAGUGGGCUUAACAAAUGACACACACAAAGGUUCCAGCAUUUACCUUUAUGAAGACGGCUUCACUGUGACUGAAAACUUUGAGCCGCCUUCAAAACCUGAAACUGUGACUGCAGCUGACAUAAACCACGACAGUGUGACGCUGAAGAUCUCUCCUCCCAGAUUUGGAGCAGAAAACAUCACGUCCUACUCUGUUGAAUACUGCGUCAGUGGAGAGGAAGAAUGGCAACAAAAGACUGAGUCAAAAGCUGAAGAAGUCACAGUGAGAGGUCUGAGACCGAACACUGAGUAUGUGUUCAGAUGCAGAGCGGCCACCUCAGUGGGUGUUGGACCCGCCACCAUCGUCAGUGAGUCCAUUAAAACCUUACCUUGCAGUCCUCCUGGAGAACCUCAAGUGGAGUCAAACUCAUGUGAGAUAUCUGUCAAGUGGGAGAAACCGGCGGAGCUCGGACAGGAUGUUGUGAUACUGAGGAACAUCGUGGAGCUGAAAGAGAUCGAGCUGAAGCCCAACCCUCUGUCCACUCCAGAGUACAUUGACAUGCUGAUUGAGGGAGAGAAAAGUGAAGGAAAACCUGGCUUUAAAAAACGAAUUAACGCUCUGAUGGCCAUGAAGGAAAAAGCAGAGUUCAUGACCAAGGUAUCGAAAGGAGAGAAACUCCUGAAGUAA